UUAUGUGAGGUUUAUAAGUAUAUGCUGAAUUAUCAUAAAACAAUGUAUAUAUUUACCUUAAAGUUAUGAAACUAUUGUUCCAGAGCAUAAAGAAACAAAUUUACUGUUGACUUUUAUGAUGACAUAAGAAAUGUUUACUUUUAUUGUGCAACUAGAUAACUUAAAAUGUACAUGUAAUACAGUAUAUAUAAAAGAAAAAUUGAAUAAAUAUUUUCUUGCCCACACUUAAGCUCAAGCUAACAACGUCUUCUUUUACAAAUUAAUCAAGCCUGAUUAUAGUGUUUGUGGGUUAAAGGUAAUAAGAUUUGAAAAGGUGAGCUGGUAUGCAUACAGUAACCAUUCUCAGUCCCCAUUUCUACUGGUAACUAGGUUUCUGAAUUCCCAUGAUUCCAGUUAAUGUAUUACUUCUGAAUGUUGUGUGGAUGAAAUUGAAGAAAAUGUGUGAAGAUGCCAAAAGAUUAUUACAAACACUUAAGUCACUGUUUUCCACAUUAUCCCCAGUAUUUAACGAAAAUGCAUAUUAUAUAAUAUUGAUCUUAAUUUGUUGUAAAUUAUGAUUGUUUACCCUAAACCCAAUACAAUGACCACCAAAAUGUAUUAUGAAGAUAUUGCACUGAAUACUUAGACAAAGGACAUUACCUGCAAUAAACGCAUUUGUAACAAAGUCAGCAUGAAUUUGUUGUGUUUCAGGGCCUGAGUACCUGUGAAGUUACACUGCCAUUGAUGAGGGCAUUGGCUGACAUGCCAAAUGAGGACUUGAGGAAGGUCACUAAAACAGUCCUUGAAGCCAUUUUGCCACCCGAAAACAAUUAUGGUCCAUCCUCUGGUGUGGAGGACAACAGGUUUACACCUCCUAAAGGUUUCCGUGCGUUCAGAAGCCUGGAGCAGGGAGACUGCUUCUUUUCCUCGCUUAGCCAAGCUGUAUAUGGCAGUGACAGUGCCAAGGAUCAAAUUCGACUUGGAAUAGGCCUUUUUGGUUUUGUUUACGUUAAUGACUUCGUGGAAAAGUUCAUUGCAGAAGGUGUUGAUUCCUAUCAGUUUCUAAUGGAGGUGGCACGGGACUCUGUAGUUUCGUCUUUGGCCCAAAUAUCAGACCAAAGGGAACUAUUAAAACAAGUUCUACUAGCUGAAGCGCAGCAGACUUUGAAGCCCUCAUCAUAUUCUGGUUUCCUCCAAGUCUUAUUUUCUGCUGGCUACCUACAGCGAACAAUCAAGCAGUACCAAGAGUAUGUCAUAUGCUCACAUGCAAACCCAUACACCACUUUGGUCAAACCUUACCCAAAGUGGUGUGCAGGCCAGGAGGAAAAUGUGUACAUAAUGUGGGUGAGAACUGGCGACAGCAUCAUGCCUAACCAUGUUGUUCCCCUUCAAAAGAUUAUAAGAGGCCGGGUUGUGGUGGAUUCACCAUGGGAUUGGACUUCGUUUGGGAACGGUUGCAAGGCCCUGAACUUUGGCUGGUGUACCUGCAAAGCAGACCAUGACACAUUUCUGCAAUGUGUUAGUUGCCACCAAAAAAGUAAUCCUGAAUGCCUGGGAAUCAGCCAGGAUUUCAUUGGAAGAAACUCAAAUGUCCCUUACAUGUGCUGUGGGGACAUGUCAGAUAUUCCCAAUGUUGUCAUUACCCAAUGCAAGGAGGUGUAUUUACACAUGUCGGACAUAUUGAGUGUCCAACCAGGUAGAUGCCUUACAAAUUGGGUCAUAGACUUCUGUAUCUACACAUCAGGAAGUCAUGAUGAUUCAGCAAACUAUGGGUACCUCCCAACAACAGCAUGGGAAGUUGCUGCAAACAAACGGAAUCAUCAUAUCAAAAGGCACAGGAACAUCUGGAGGACUGUAAUGGAGAAGCCUGUUGUACUCUUUGUGGUAGCUGAAAGUGGACAUUUCUUAGCUGGGGCAUUUCUACAAAUGAGUCAUGAAGUCUAUUUCCUUGACAGUAUGCACCAAAAUGCCAUGGUCUACAAAGGCCACAGCGAAAAACUGAAAAGAUUGUUUGACAUUGAAAACAAAGAAGUGACAGUCCACUGUGUGCCUACACAGCAACAAUCAAAUGGAGUGGACUGUGGUGUUCAUACUUUUGUAAAUCUGUUGUCAUUGAUGAAGAUCUUCCGACUAGGAGUAGGAUGUAAUCUUCAGGAAGCCUUCUCCUCAAUCCAGUGGCAAGAUGUCACAGAUGUGAGAAGAGUAAUGAAAGUGAAUUUCCUGCAGCACCAGAUUUAAAAAGUGAUUUAGAGGCAGUGAUUUGAAUACAUAUCUGUAAAAAGUAACUUUACAAUUUGAGAACUCCUUAUCUAAUCUUUAUUGCUUCUCCAAUUCAUUUAAAAGGUACAUACAUUGGUGACUUUCGAGAAUUACUGUUUUUAGCUCAACUGGUCGUUAAGAAUAUGUCAUGGUGCUGCAUCUGGAGUCUGUUGUCCAUCGUCUGUCAACAUUUAUGCAAGCCCUGAACGCCUGAAUAUAUUUUGAUGAAAUUUUGCCUGGGACAUCAUUUGGCAAAGGUGAUCUAUUGUUGAAGAAACAGAGAGUGUGGCUUCCUUGGGGCUGGACGGUUGGGGCCAAAAGGGGCAAUUGAGUUAAAUUAUUCAAACCACUACUUGUCCCGCUAGCCGGAAUUGAUUUUCAUAAAGUUUUGUCUGAAUAAUUAUUGUGCAAAUGGGAUCUAAUGUUGUAUAAAGGAAGGAUAUGGAACUGGUGUGGCAAGAGAGAAGGGGCCCAAUAUUGGUAAUAUAGCCAAAAACCUUUUAAAAUCAUCUUAGGUUACCUGAGACAAGGUCUAUAAGUUUAUAAAAGUAAAUCACAUUUUAGACUAGCAUUUGUUGUAUUGUCUUUCUUGGAAUUAAUUCUAACCUGGUUAGAAUUUGCAGUUUUGGAAGGCACUAUGAUGGUAUGUAAGCAUUGGCCUGACUGACCCCCAGGAGCUGAUGGGUGGGGUAAAAAAAGGUGAAAGUGACAGAAAUAUUUAAAAAAUAAUGUGACUAUUAAGACCCAUGAUCCUGUUGUGUUUUUUCUUUUCAAGAAUGACAGGAUUUGGUUCACAUGCACUUUGAACGAUUGUUGGGAGAAGCAUUGUUGGGAGAGGCAUUUCAAAAUUAGCAAAAAUACUUGAAAUAUCACUUCAAUGAGAGUAUUUUGCCAUAAUUCCUGAAAUAGCCAAGUGAGCAAUGCAGGCCCUCUGGGCCUCUUGUUUUGAAAUCAUAUAUUUAUUUUGAAAUGAAAAAAAAAUGUUUACAAAUGUCUUUAUUAAGGGUUGUGGGUUGUAAUCUGAAAAAUCUCAAAUCACAGUCAAGCGCCUGUGUCUCACAGCUACAUGUACCUUUAACUAUGCAGGUAGACAUAAUUUUGUGAGGAAAGUUACUACAUUUCUAAUGCAAACUUCUGUAACUUCACUGAUCUAAUAAGUAGUUCCAUGUGCAGUACAUCUGUGCUAACUGUUUCAUCUACUGUUUUGCCUAUUGCAAUAUGAAUCAGAAAGUAUUUCAAGCAAAGUGAAAAUCUUUUGUGCAAUUGUUAUAUAGAAUUUAAGCAUUUUACCAUGACUGUUAUUGGUAAGUGAUCCAAUUAUAGACUGCAGUUGCUUUAGGUAAUAAUAUGACAAUGUUGAAUGGUGGAAUCAAUAAAACAUUCACUGAGAAAAAACUUCCCUAAUUCAUUUUUUUCCAAUUGUAUUUAUGUUCAUUAUUAUUAUUUGUAUUUUUGUCAGAACAUAUGUUUAUUAUUUUUCCUAUUGAAUCCUGGACACCUAACGACUAUGAGCUUAAUGUUUAUAACUUCAAAUUUAUCUUUUUACAUUAUAUUCCUAAUGUUAUAGUUUCAGUUUAAAUCUACAAUUUGCAUUGAAUAUCUUUAAUACUUACAUAAGCAGAGUUUUCUCUUAUACAUCCCAAGUACUGGGUGUAAAGAAGUGUAAUAUUGAAAAGCUGCAUCUAUAUUUCUGUAUGAGAUGAUAAGGGAUUAAACUUUCAA